AAUCUCAGUUUGGAAGAUGCUGAAAAGACUAUAGAAGGAUCAUUUGCGAAAUCUUUCCAAGAUACCACUGACCAGAAAAAGUUUGAAAUCAUGCGAUUUAUUUUUUUACAGCUGGUUAAAAAUAUUCCCAUCAAUCCACUAAAUGACCUUCUUAGUGAAGGCACUUUGACCCCAAAUACAGCUAGUAUGAGUGCAAAGGUCACCAAGCUUGCCAAUUUUGACCCUUCACGUGCAAAACAACCAGACAUGAUCAGCAAUGUAGUGAAUAAUAAUAAAUCUUACUACGAAAUGAUAUUUGGAGAGAUAAUUGGAGAAGGCAAAAACAAUAAAACUAAGAAGAAUGAUUUGGAUCUUAUUAGAUUAGGCGUCUUCAUGAAAGAUACUCUUGAUAUAUUAGUUAAGAAGUUAAGAAAAGACCGUAUUGUUUUUUCAUGGCAAAGUAUUGUUUUGGUUGCUCCCAGACUUUAUUUCAUGAUUGAUAUUGAUUAUACUGAGCUUCCCAAAUCUUUUCAGACCUGUGGACAGUUUAUCAAUGAAGUUGCCUUCUCAGAACCUGAAAUACAUUUAUUAAACGCUGUAAAAAAUUAUUGGCUCUGUCUAGGUAGAGCUCAUGAUAUAAUUGCAGUAAAAUUAAUGCGAUCUGAUAAAAUUAUUUCAAAAUUGAAAGUAUGGUAUUUUUGCACAGAUAAAAGGACACAGAAUGGAGAAUUAAUACCUGUUUCG